CAUCUUUGUUAUUCGGAGGCUAGGGCUCCUCUAUAAGCCUUGGACGUUAAGGGUUCGUCUGUAAACCCUUUUAUCUUCUCUUUUUCACCAUAUUCAUCACCUUCUUACCAUAACCAUUACCAUUCAUCUCCACUGCCUGUUUUCAUCAUCAAGCCAUUACCAUAUUCCCUACUGUGAUCGUAACACUUUCAUGGUGGAAAAGCACAUCCAACCAAAAAAAAAAGAAGGUUUUGAAAGUAGAUUAUCUUACUUUUUUGGGUUUUGAGUUGUGUUAUUAGCUCAAGGAUCCAUCCAUGGAGUCUCUUCCCUCAGAUAUAGUAUUGGAUAUCGUUUCUAGGGUUCCAGCCGAAUCUGUGUUAGAGUGCAAAUUAGUUUGUAAAUUAUGGGGAACUCUCUUUCGCGGAAGUAACUUUGCUAAUUUACAUCUCAGUCAUCAGCUGAACCAUCUCCAUGGAGGCGGCGACGACGGCAAUGAUGAUCUAGCAGCUUCUAAGGUCGAGCCAUGUCUCUUUUUUGCUUGUCGCAUUGACUAUCCCGCCAACUUCAUAACUUUACUUUACCAUGGAGGACAAGUAAGUGAUUGGAUAAGCAUCGGUAAGAAAUACAUUUUCAUUGAAAAUCUGAAAAGGAUCUAUCAUGCUCCAAUGCAUACUAACUAUUUAUCUGAUCACUUAGUUGGCUCCUGCAAUGGUUUGGUUUGUACAUUUCAACUCCACAAUUUAGUUCUAGAUCCCAUCUAUAUUUGUAAUCCCCUUACCAGGGAAUAUGUUUAUCUUCCCGAACUAGUUGUAAACAAAGAAGGCGUUGAUCCUCAUCGUAUAGUCAAAGGAGACGUUGACUUGUGUAAUCAUAUGGCAUGUGGAUUUGGGUAUGUUAGGUCAACCAAUGAGUACAAGGUUGUUAGAAUCCAUUACCUAGACAAUGAUGGACAUGUCGAAGUAUACACAUUUGGCAGUGGUUGUGGGUGGAGAGCGAUAGGUAGAGUUCCCUAUCAACUGUCAAAGUUCAAUGGGGGUAAGGCUACCAAUGCCAAUGAUGCCAUGUAUUGGAUUUCGUACAACAGAGUUGUGGCCUUUGACUUGGAUAAGGAAGAGUUUCGAUUGCUAUCUGUCCCUCCUUGUCUGCAAAACCGUCAGAACGAAGAUAGAUGUGGUCUUGUAGCACUUGGAAGGCAUUUGUGUCUUUAUAUGAAUAAAUUGCGUUGCAAAAUCUGGUCCUUGAUGGAAAGUAGCGACUCGAAGGAGACCUGGUGAAUGGAGUGUGAUAUAGAUUGUGGUCAGCCUAUUUUACUUACAAAGAACGGAGAAAUCAUAUUCUUAUGCAAUAAAUCUGUGCUAUAUAGUUAUGACACGAAAACAACAUUUUUGAAGAUUAUUUCCGACGAUCCAUCAGACGAUUACUUCAUAAAUGUCGAAGCAAUUGCUCAUCUAAAUACGUUUGCAUCAUUGGAAGCUAUGGGAGAAAAUUCAAAGAAAUGCACGGUUCGUCCACCAAGCGUUCUUGCUCCAUGGGAUGAUCUUGUUGAUGAGCUUGACCGAGUUGCUGGAUGAGGAAAUUGAUACACCCCUUUUCAGACUCAGGAUGGCUUUUUGAGAAAGAUCUGACGACAGAACAAUUCAUCAU